GUGCGUGUUGGGAAGUGGGCUGGGGAGAAGCAUUGCACCCAUUUUGCAGAGCCAGAAAGUGUGAGACGUUGGGUUGGCAGCGUUGGCUCCUGCUGUUGGGCUGCGUUGCGUCUCAUGUUGGGGUGAUGGAGAGCAUCCCUGGGGGAGCUGCUGGGUGUGCUUGGGUUCUUCAGCCGUCGGAGGGGUUGGGUGUUGUAUGGUGGACACGGUUUAAUGGGGAAGUGGUGGUGGUGGUUGGGCUGAAUGAGCGUAGAUGAACGACCGUAUCGCUGGUGAUGCUACGAUUCUACAGACGGAGCGGAUCUGUUUCUUUGGAGCAUCUGGGAGUCAUUGCCUUUCUUCUCUCUGCAGCCUUUCGCAUCCACGAUGGCGGGCGGCGUGGACGGCCCCAUAGGGAUCCCAUUCCCAGAUCACAGCAGCGACAUCCUCAGCAGUCUGAACGAGCAGAGAAACAACGGGCUGUUGUGUGACGUGGUCAUCUUGGUGGAAGGCCAGGAGUUUCCCACCCACCGCUCCGUCCUGGCGGCCUGCAGCCAGUACUUUAAGAAGCUCUUCACCUCAGGGUUAGUGGUGGACCAGCAAAACGUGUAUGAGAUUGACUUUGUGAGCGCCGACGCCUUGUCGGCUCUGCUGGAGUUCGCCUACACCGCGACCCUUACAGUCAGCACUUCCAACGUCAACGACAUCCUCAACGCCGCCAAACUGCUGGAGAUCCCGGCGGUGAGGGAUGUUUGCACGGAUCUCCUGGACAGGAAGAUUCUGGCCAAAAAUGACCAGAUGGAUAUAGUAGAUCAAAUUGAUCAAAGGAACCAUCUCAGAGCAAAAGAGUACCUGGAGUUCUUCCAGAGCAACCCCGUCAACGGCCACCAAGGCAGCUUUCCGUGGACCAACCCGGAGUUGAGAGACCUUCAGAGACUCAACUUCCGAGGCCAAGAGGACGAGGAGGAGCCGGACUGCAACGGCUUGGACUUCUAUCCGCAAGCCUCCCUCAACGAAAGACCAAAGGCGAAUGACUGUGAUCCCGACAGCAACCCGGCCAUGUGGCUGGACAGAGAGGAGGAGGAGGCGGCGGCCGCCCCUGGCUCCUUGUUCUCACCUUCUCAGAACGGACAUUACAGCGGCCGAAGCCUGGGCACGCCAGGAGAAGAGGAGGUGGCUCCCGGGGCCGCCCUGGACCAGCAGGACGCCGGCGACUCCCCCAGCUUCGUCCCCACCGGAGCGGAGGCGGAGGACGACGCCAGGGAUGUGGACGGGUUGGCUGCCAGCGUGCUGCAGCAGGUGAUCAGCUCGGUGGGGAGGCAGCAGCUCGGGGACGACGAGCGGAAGGACGACGACGGAGUCGUGGAUUAUUACUUGAAAUACUUUGGCAGUUCGAACGAGAGCGACGUGUAUCCGUCCUGGUCCCAAAAGGUGGAGAAGAAGAUCAGGGCAAAAGCAUUCCAAAAGUGCCCCAUCUGUGCUAAAGUGAUCCAGGGGGCUGGCAAGCUGCCGCGCCACAUCCGCACCCACACCGGCGAGAAGCCCUACGAGUGCAACAUCUGCAACGUGCGCUUCACCAGGCAGGACAAGCUGAAGGUCCACAUGCGGAAACACACGGGGGAGAAGCCCUAUUUGUGCCAGCAGUGCGGAGCCGCGUUCGCUCACAACUACGACUUGAAGAACCACAUGCGUGUGCACACCGGCCUGCGGCCCUACCAGUGCGACAGCUGCUUCAAGACUUUCGUCCGCUCUGACCACUUGCACAGGCACCUUAAAAAGGAUGGCUGCAACGGCAUCCCGUCCCGGAGGGGCCGACGGCCGCGGGUGAGAGAUGCCGGGGGGCUGCCCACCCCUACGGGAAACCCCGAGGAUGGAGGAUUUCAAGGAGGUGGGGAGAGUCAGGAAUCAGAGGACACCGUGCAGGGGAACGGCCAAGAGCAGCACUUUGAGGAUAGUUCUACUACCGAAGCGUCGGGAUUGAAUGUAGCAGGAGGGUCGGCCGAGGGCAGCGCGCCAGGACUCUCCUAAACCAAAAAAAACAAAACAAAACAAAACCAAACCCAACCAACCGACAAACCACCACAAACGACAACAAGAGAGGUGUCACAAAAUCUAGUUAGUACUUUUUCCUCCGAUUUUCUCUUUCGAGGUGUUUCUCUCUCCCUUUUCCCCUCCCUUCCCUCCGCUCCCCCCCCCCCC